CAGUGCAGAGUUCAGGUCAGUGCUGGAGCACAGCGGGAGCAGGACCAGCAGCACGGAGGAACAGCGACAUGCUAGGGCUUCAGGAUACUCCUCUGGUGGCAAUACACCAGGGUAAGAGGUGUCCAAAAUGUGGAGAAGUAGUAUUGGAGUCCCAAGAGCAAGGUGCUCUGUUGGGGUGUCAGUGCUACUCACUGGAGGAAGAAUCAAUACCUCAUGGAGCUGUUGGUCAGAAAGUUAAUGAAGGCCAUGACAAACUGCACUGGACUACAGGUCGUCUGGGGGACAUUGACUUCAUGGGAUCCAGCAGAACCAGGGGCAAGUUUGCCAGGGUUUCCAGUUCAACAGACCCAGACCUGAUCUACCAGCUGAUGACAGAGCAAUGGGGGCUGGCUCCUCCUCACCUGGUGGUGGCGCUAGUGGGUGGCGAUGAGCUGGCUCAGAUGAAACCCUGGCUCAGAGACACAGUGAGGAAAGGCUUAGUGAAAGCUACCCAGAGCACAGGAGCAUGGAUCCUGACCAGCGGCCUGAGGUUUGGCAUCACUAAGCAUCUUGGCCAGGCUGUGAGGGACCACUCUCUGGCCAGCACCUCCUCGAAGGUCCGUGUGGUGGCCAUUGGAAUCGCUCCUUGGACCAUGAUCCAUAACAGAGACCUGCUGUUCUCUGCAAAGCCUGAUCAACCAGCAGCGUACUCCACAGAGGACCUCCCCCAUGGCUCAGUGUACUCUCUGGACAGCAACCACUCACAUUUCAUCCUCAUAGAAGAGGACCCACAGAGGCAUGGAGCCACCAGUGACAUGCGGGUCAAACUACUCAAGCACAUCUCUCUCCAGCGCACUGGCUAUGGAGGCCCUGGAAGCUUCGAGAUCCCUGUCCUGUGUCUACUUGUUCAUGGGGAACCAAAGAUAUUACAGAGAAUGUACAAGACCAUCCAGAACGCGACGCCCUGGCUGAUCUUGGCCGGCUCGGGUGGUGUAGCAGAUAUUUUGGUUACGCUGAUAUACAGAGGAUGUUGGGAGGCUGAGAUGGUCCAAGAGCUACUGCUGGACACGUUCAGUGGACUCCACAGCACUGACGUCACCUCCUGGGUCAAAGUGAUUCAGAGAAUUUUGGAUAAUGGUCACCUGUUGACAGUACAUGACCCAGAGCAGGAGACCUCUGAGCUAGACACUGUUAUACUCAAAGCGCUAGUUAAAGCCUGUAAAAGUCAGAGUCAGGAGGCACAGGACUUUCUGGAUGAGCUGAAACUAGCCGUGGCCUGGAACAGAGUGGACAUUGCAAAAAGCGAGAUUUUCAAUGGAGAUGUGGAGUGGAGUGCACAAGACCUUGAGGAGAUCAUGAUGGACGCUUUGGUCAAUGACAAGCCAGAUUUUGUGCGUCUGUUUAUGGAGAACGGGGUGAACCUGGGUGAGUUUCUGACGUAUGGCCGUCUUCAGGAGCUAUACUGCUCUGUGUCUGAGAAAAGCCUGCUCUUCGACCUCCUCCUGAAGAAACACCAGGAGAAACAACUCAUGCUGGCCUCAGGUCGGACCCCUGGCCUGCCCUACAUGGAGACCGGAGACAGACGGCCUCGCUUCACUCUGCAUGAGGUCUCCAAGGUCCUGAAGGACUUUCUGCAUGACUCCUGCAAGGGCUUCUAUCAGAAACUUCCAGCAGAGAGAGUCAGCAAGGGUCGGCUCUUCCACAGCCAGAAAGACCUACCGGACCUGGAUCAGGUCUGCGAGAACCCCUGGAGAGACCUCUUCCUCUGGGCCGUCCUGCAGAACAGACAGAAAAUGGCAAACUACUUCUGGGCCAUGGGUCCAGAGGCGGUGGCUGCAGCUCUUGCUGGGUGUAAGAUCCUGAAAGAAAUGGCUCAUCUGGAGUCGGAGGCCGAGUCUGCCCGCAGCAUGAAAGAAGCCAAGUAUGAGCAGUUUGCUUUGGAUCUGUUCAGUGAGUGCUACUCCAACAGCGAGGACCGAGCCUAUGCCCUUCUGGUGCGGAAAACUCACUGCUGGAGUAAAUCCACCGUGCUGAACCUGGCCACCGAGGCGGAUGCCAAGUGCUUCUUCGCCCAUGAUGGAGUCCAGGCUUUGCUGACUAAAAUCUGGUGGGGAUCCAUGACAACAGACACAGCCAUCUCUAAACUAGUUCUGUCUUUCUUCUGUCCUCCUCUAAUAUGGACCAAUCUGAUUAAAUUCAGUGAUGAGAUACUGCAGAGUCGUGGAGGAGGGCAACAGUUUGCAGAGCUGGACAGUUUGGACACAGAGAAAGCCCUGCUUCUUACCGACGAGGACCCAGCUGACUCAGAGGCAGCUGGUGACCCUGCAGACCAGAGCUGUAGCCAGGCCUGGAGUCAGUUCCUCCUGCGCCGCUGGAAACGCUUCUGGAGCGCCCCGGUCACUGUGUUCCUGGGAAACGUCAUCAUGUACUUCGCCUUCCUGGUCCUUUUCACCUACGUGCUCCUGCUGGACUUCCAGCCGCCGCCUCCCAAAGGACCCUCUAUAGCCGAGAUCAUUCUCUACUUCUGGGUUUUCACGCUGGUGCUGGAGGAGAUAAGACAGAGCUUCUUCACAGAUGAAGACAUGAACAUUCUGAAGAAAUUUAAGCUCUAUGUGGAGGAUAACUGGAACAAAUGUGACAUGGUGGCAAUCUCUCUCUUCGUGGUCGGGGUGUUGUGCAGGAUGAUGGAAAACACAUAUGAAGCUGGACGCACAGUCCUGGCUUUGGACUUCAUGGUUUUCACCUUGAGGCUCAUCCACAUAUUCGCCAUCCACAAACAACUUGGGCCCAAGAUCAUCAUUGUGGAGAGAAUGAUGAAGGAUGUAUUCUUCUUCCUGUUCUUCCUGAGUGUGUGGCUGAUUGCAUAUGGAGUGGCGACCCAGGCUCUGCUGCACCCCAACGACCCGCGCCUGGACUGGGUCUUCCGCAGAGUGCUCUAUCGGCCAUACCUCCACAUAUUCGGCCAGAUCCCCCUGGAGGAGAUUGAUGCUGCCAAAAUGCAGGCUGAUAACUGUACCAUGAACCUGCAGGAGAUCAUUACAGGCACUCUGCCACCCUGCCCAAACAUCUAUGCCAACUGGCUGGUCAUCUUGUUGCUAGUCAUAUAUUUGCUGGUCACUAAUGUCCUGCUGCUGAACCUGCUCAUUGCCAUGUUCAGCUACACAUUCCAGGUGGUACAGGGGAACACGGAUAUCUUCUGGAAGUUUCAGCGGUAUAAUCUGAUAGUGGAAUACCACAGCCGGCCUGCCCUGGCGCCUCCCUUCAUCAUUAUCAGCCACCUCUCCCAGCUCUUCCUCAGCCUCUUCAAAAAGGCAGAGUCCAAACUAGAGCACCUCGAGAGGGAGCUGCCAGCAGGGCUGGACCAGAAGCUGAUGACCUGGGAGACUGUUCAGAAGGAGAACUAUCUGGCCAGACUGGAGAGGCGUCACCUGGAGAGCAGUGAGGAGAGACUUAAGAGCACAUCCUCCAAAGUGCAGAGCUUGUUGAAAAUUGUGGGAGGAUUUAAAGAGCAAGAAAAACGCUUGGCAUCUAUGGAGACUGAGGUGAGGUAUUGUGGAGAGGUGCUGUCCUGGAUUGCUGAAUGCUUUGACAAGAGCACUCUAAAGUGUGACAGAGAUGCUCCCAGAGCUCCACGCACCAAGAGCAGCUGUAGCGGCAGCGGCAGCAGCUGUAGCAGCCCGAGUGUUCCUCAGCCAAGCACACCAAAGAAAGAGGAGCCAGAAGGACAUCCAGGAUACGGAGCGAACAAGAAACUGCCUUACAUUGAUGAGUGAAAGUGGCAGCACAUACGCCACACUGCUCUCAGUUGUGCAGAUAAAGUGAAUCUUACUAAUAAGUUUACUUUAAACAGUGUCUUUACUCAAGGAUGCUUUACAGUAAGUUGAACGGUAACAAUAUACAGAAAUAUACACUGCAAAAAAAAAUACUGGCAAAUGAAAGAAUCUUAUAUUUGUUAUAUAUAAGCAAUGUACAGUUGUGUGCAAAAGUUUGG